CUGUGUAUUCGAUGUAUCAUUCAGCUAGCAUCAUGGUGAAUUUAAAGGUAAAACGAAUAAAACACAAGACAAUUUCUGGUCCGGGUCUUGUUGGAUGUUUUUGUUGUACUUUGGUACACGAAAGGCACCUGGAUUUAAAGUCUAACUUGAUGUGAGACAAGCAACAGAAAAAGGUAUACAUCCAUCACAAUUCCUCAGUCCCAACUGUUCUUAUCCAUUUCCUAAACAAGUACAAUAAAGAACUGAGGUGAACAGAGUUAGCAAUGCUUGUAUCGCGUACGUAAGGUUAAGAUGCAGGAAGACCAAGAGACCGAAAGUAGUUGUGACGGUGACGGCAGUUUGCUGACCGGGGACUCAGAGGGAGAAUUUGAGGAUCAUCCCCAUGUCCUUGCCCCAGGGUCCACGCACAGGUGUCUCCUCUGGGCGUGCAAAGCCUGCAAACGCAGGACAUCGAAAAAGGACCGCAGAAAGGCUGCAACAAUGCGAGAGAGACGCAGGCUGAAGAGGGUGAACGCGGCGUUUGAAGCGUUGAAGCGAAGGACAUGUUCGAAUCCAAAUCAACGGCUUUCGAAGAUUGAGAUUUUACGAUGUGCUAUUGGAUAUAUUGAAAGUUUGGAGGAUCUCUUGAACUCGAGUCAUCCCGUUACGGAACAAUGUGAUUAUGCUGCGAGGAGUGGACAAUCCGAAUACGGCAAUCGAUUUAAUACGUUACCACAAGAAAUUGCUUUUGAUCGACAGAGCACGCCCGCUAGUGAUGGUACGGUAUAUGGUAGAAAUGCCUACUACGACAGCAGCAUGAGCGGGAGUUUGUCAACGCUGGAUCGUCUUUCAACAAUUGUACAGAGCAUUCGUCCCACCAAUGAUGCCAGCAAUGGGAAAUUACAAGGUUCUCCACCGGCACCGUGAACAAGCGCAAAGGGCUCAGUGAUUUCUCAUAGUUUAAUUCAAGGACUAAUAGAAACGUGGACGGGACCGUUCGGCUUUCCGAAGACGGGACAAACCUAACGCGACCACUGAGAGGUUUUAAAAAUUUAGUCCCGUCACCGUCUUCAAGACUUGUCGUAUUUCAAGCUUGGCUUUGUCACAACCACGUUGGUUUCUGCACAGUUUUGUCUCUAAACGUGUCAUCCCCUUUUACAAAUCUGUUCUGAAACCAAACAUAAACGCUCAUUUGUUUGUUAACUGCUAAAACAAAGCUCUCUUUACAGAGCUGGUCAACAGUAUGUUUUUGUGGGAGAGGCAAGCAGCAAAACGUCCCAACUCAGUGAGAGAAUAGAGUAAUGAAGAUAUGAAGUGUACAUAUAAAACCUACAUAAAACGAGUAUAUAUAAAACAUGUCAAUACUAAAAUACUGGUUGUACUUUAUUUCUUUGGGAGCAAAUGGACAAAACCAGAUGCCUUUUUAUAAAUCUGUACAGCUUCAUUUCUACCAUAGCAUGUCCAACAGGGAGAGUCAAC